CGCAUUCCUCACAGUUUGAGCUUUGAGAGCGGAACAGAAAAGGUUUAUUCAGAGUUUCCAGCAGAGAGAAGAGAAAGGGAAGAGGGAUAUCUACCGAAAUGGCGGCUGUAAGAGGAGCUUUGCUUAAGCACCUGAGGGUGAACGCAACGUCCUUAUCCCUGCUCCGUAACCUAAAUCCUACCCCUAACGGCUUUCUCACCUUCAACGCCAUACGGCGCGGUUUCUCUGACGAGGUCAUGGGCUCUUUCCUCGACAAAUCUGAGGUUACCGAUCGCGUCCUCUGCGUCGUCAAAAACUUCCAGAAAGUUGAUCCUUCCAAGGUUACCCCAAGUGCACAUUUUCAAAAAGAUCUUGGGUUAGAUAGUUUGGACACUGUGGAGGUUGUGAUGGCCCUGGAAGAAGAAUUUGGGUUUGAGAUACCUGAUAAUGAGGCAGACAAGAUCAGUGCAAUCAAUCAUGCUGUUGAGUUCAUUGCUUCUCACCCUCAGGCAAAGUAGAGGUGAAAUUAUGAAAUUCUACUCUUUCGCUUUAUUUUCAC